GUAGAUAGUCAGCGUUCCCACCUCUCAUCUUUCACUAUGAAAUUGAAGGACAAGUUCCACUCUCCUAAGAUCAUCAAGAGAACGCCUUCUAAGAAAGGGAAACCUGCCGACCUGACUGUAAAACCUGAAGAAAAACCUGUUAAUAAAACUCUGAGCCGGUUGGAGGAACAGGAGAAAGAAGUCGUCAAUGCCCUACGCUACUUUAAGACCAUUGUAGAUAAAAUGGCUGUAGACAAGAUGGUGCUGGUGAUGCUACCGGGAUCCGCCAGCAAAGUCCUGGAAGCCAUUCUUCCAUUGGUGCAGGCAGAUACACACACGCAACAAAGUACUGCUAUCGCCUCCUGCUACAACCGAGUGUACCAGUCUCUUGCCAACCUUAUACGCUGGUCUGAUCAGGUCAUGCUGGAGGGUGUCAACUGUGAGGACAAGGAGAUGGUAUCCACUGUGAAAGACGUCAUAAAAGCUGUGCUGGAUGGUGUCAAGGAACUGGUGCGAUUGAUGAUUGAGAAGCAGGAGCGGCCAUCACCAACCAGUCCAGUGAAACCAGCCUUACCUGCAUGCAAAUCAGACAGCACGCAAGAGUUGCCUUUGUCUGAGAGAGAGCUGGAGAUUCUUAACAAGUCACCUGAGCCACCUUGUAAGGAUGUUCCAGUAGACUGCGUGGAGACUGAUGAGCUUGCUCCACCCAAACCCCCUUUACCUGGCAUACGGGUGAUGGAAAAUGGCCCACCUCCUGCGUUACCUCCAAAGAAAAGACAAUCUGCACCUUCUCCCACCCGUGUGGCUGUUGUAGCACCUAUGAGCCGAGCUACAAGUGGCUCCAGUUUACCUAUAGGCAUCAAUACACCGGAUUUUGAAGUGAAUUGUUAUGCACAUCGACGGUUAUCCGGAGGUAGUCAGUCAUAUGGUGGUGAAUCCCCGCGCCUUUCUCCAUGUAGUAGUAUAGGAAAACUUAGCAAGUCUGACGAACAGCUCUCUUCCCUGGACAGAGACAGUGGUCAGUGCUCCCGAAACACCAGCUGUGAGACUUUAGAUAACUAUGAUCCAGAUUACGAAUUCCUGCAGCAAGACCUCUCUAGCACAGAUCAAGUACUGGGUCAAGUAACUGGAGUCCUCAGUCCUCUCCCCGAAUCCCUAGGAGAGACCGGUUCCCCUUUUCACGGACAAAACUUCCAAUUACCUCCCAGCUCUCCUCAGCACUCAGAAUCCUCUCACCCCUUUACUGUAGAGACCCCUCCUGCUCUUCCCGAGAAGAAACGCAGAAGUGCCGUUACCCAUAACGCGGAUGGCUCCCGAGUCAGCUAUGAGAGACAUCCCUCCCAGUAUGACAAUAUUUCUGAGGACGAUCUGCUGCUCCCCCCUUCUAGUACUCCAUUUGCUGCUGUUUCCCCAUUUCAACCUGGGAACACCCCUCAGGUGGAUUUCCUUGGUGAUUUUGUAGCAGCAGAGAAUGACGACAUUUCAGAAAAGCCUCCACCUCUUCCCGAAAAGAAGAACAAACACAUGAUGACAUAUAUGCGUUUUGUGGAGGACUACUCAGAGCCCCAGCCAUCUGUCUUCUAUCAAACUCCGCAGAACGAGCAGGUCUACCAGCAGAAGAACAAACUUCUGCGGGAGGUGUAUGGCAUUCAUGAUUCGUUCAGUAGUGCAGAAUCCGGAGUUGAACGUGCUCCACCACCUGCCCUACCCCCUAAACAGAGGCAAUUGGCUCCCUUUGCUGCCUCUUCCUUCUCCUCUGUCUCGUACUGUGCACAGCCAGCCAAAGGGGUCUUCAACGUACCUGAGGACAGCAGCCACCCUCAGGGCAUCAGUCUCUCAGUCUCUAACUGCUUUUCUGAGCCGCCACGGCUCUUUCCCUGUGCCUUCGUACAAAUCUGUAUUUCGCUCCUACUCCCAGGACUUUGCUCCCCAGGCUCCUGCCCUCCCCUUGCUGAGUCCUGCCAUCUUCUACUCCUCCCGAUACCCCCUCCCAGAUUCUGUGCCCCCUCCUCCUGUUGUGCCUCCAGCCUCCCUCUGUCCUCCUUUAGCCUCCUCUCAGGGCAGCAGUGCCUGUGGGACCCCUCCUGCCUGCCUUCCUUUUGAGCCGCCUUUCAGCGGCUCUCUCCAGACAUCAGCGAAUGAAAAUGCCAAUGAGGAGGCGGGCGAUGGGGAAUAUGUCAACCUGUAUUCCUCCGGGCAAGGCAACGGAGCUCCCCUGCCCAGUGAUGGUGAAUCUCCUUUAAUCGAUGACGGACAUCAGAGAGCUUCCCCUUCACAGCCCUGCACUCCUGGCAGCGAGAACCACGAAACCACGGACAGGCUCCCCAAUUCUCCUAGUGGGCAUAAUCAUGAAGCACCAGAGGCAGAGGAGAGUGAGGAAGUGGAUGAACUUUCCCUUGUAGACCACAAUGAGAUCAUGGCAAAACUCACACUGAAACAAGAGGGUGACGAUGGGCCGGAUGUCAGGGGUGGUUCUGGAGAUAUCUUGCUUGUUCAUGCACAGAGACAGACCGGAAAGAUCUGGUUCUUUAUUGCGAGGCUUUCCUGACCACGUACCGGACAUUUAUUACACCGGAAGAAUUGAUUCAGAAACUACAGUACAGGUAUGAGAGAUUCUGCCACUUUCAGGACACUUUCAAGCAGCGUGUGAGCAAGAACACCUUCUUCGUGCUGGUGAGAGUGGUGGAUGAGCUGUGUUUGGUGGAGCUGACAGAUGAAAUCUUGAAGCUGCUUAUGGAACUGGUGUUCAAACUGGUGUGUAAAGGGGAGCUGAGUCUAGCCCGAGUACUGCGGAAGAACAUCCUGGAAAAAGUGGAUAACAAGAGGAUGCAGAGCCACUGCAACUCCGCCAUGAGACCACUCGCUGCCAGGGGUGUUGCUGCAAGACCAGGGACCCUCCAUGAUUUCCACAGUCAUGAAAUUGCAGAGCAGCUGACCCUUCUUGAUGCAGAGCUUUUCUACAAGAUUGAGAUCCCUGAGGUUUUGUUGUGGGCAAAAGAGCAAAACGAGGAGAAAAGCCCAAACCUGACACAGUUCACGGAGCACUUUAACAACAUGUCCUACUGGGUGCGAUCCAUCAUCAUGCUGCAAGAAAAGGCACAAGACAGAGAGAGGCUGCUGCUGAAAUUCAUCAAAAUUAUGAAGCACCUGAGAAAACUGAACAACUUCAACUCUUACCUUGCCAUCCUCUCUGCACUGGACUCUGCUCCCAUCCGCCGUCUGGAGUGGCAGAAGCAGACAUCAGAAGGCUUGGCUGAAUACUGCACACUGAUAGACAGCUCAUCUUCCUUCCGAGCAUACCGGGCAGCGCUUUCUGAGGUGGAGCCCCCGUGUAUACCCUACUUGGGUCUGAUCCUGCAGGACCUCACCUUUGUGCACCUGGGUAAUCCAGACCAUAUUGAUGGCAAAGUAAACUUCUCCAAGAGAUGGCAGCAGUUUAAUAUCCUAGACAGCAUGAGGCGAUUCCAGCAAGUUCACUAUGAGAUUCGGCGUAAUGACGAAAUCAUCUCUUUCUUCAAUGACUUCAGCGACCACCUGGCCGAAGAGGCUCUGUGGGAACUGUCCUUAAAAAUCAAACCCCGCAAUAUAACUCGAAGGAAAACAGAAAGAGAUGAGAAGACCUAA